ACACUUUGCAUUUAAUAUGCACUUGAUCGAUAAACCAAGGCUAGCUAGGGUCUGUGACCGUGGUGCAGGGUCUGGAGCCCCGCGAGCCUGGGGCCGGCGCGGCGGAGCUAGCUGCCGUAUGGUGCUUCGAGAUGCAAUGACGCCGCGCUAGAGUGAGUGCAAAGACUGGUAUGGUAACAACUCUAGUAUCAGGGCAUAGUGAAGAAACUAGAAAAGAGUCAGAUCAAUCUGGAUGUCUAACGAGGAGGGGAGGGGAAGAAGAACUGUUCGUGUAAAGUGAAUGAAUGAAGAGACGCCAGAGACAAAAAUUGGUAGCUUGAAAAGCCUUGAAUAGGAUCACAAGACUCAAGAGCAGAGACAGAGUCAGAGAUUCAGUCCCAAAUGCGUCAUUUUGUGUUAAUAUUCAAUCUGGAAUGAAAUACAUGUAAGCAGAUAUGAUGCGUUUCCCCAAGAAAGCAUUUGUAAAGCUGCUUCCCAUUCUUGUUGGGGCUUCAGUAGGCGCUUUUGUGUAUAUUGCCCAGAAUAAAUCUGAUGAACCGUAUAAGAGAGACAGAUUUUCUGGUGAUGAUUUAGCUGAAUCUCAUUUAGCUGACUUAGAACAUGAUGUUUCAUUCUUGGGAAAGGAGCAUCAAUUGGAUCAUCUCUUCAAUGAAUUUAAGGAGCAGAAAUCAAGAUUAAAAAAUCUUCAUCCUUACAUCACCGUUGCUCCUAAUAACACUGAGCUGUCUUUCAGGAUGAAUCCAAAAUUUAAAUUUUCUUCAUGUCCAUAUUCUCUGCAAGGCAAACUCCAAGAGUCCCAAUGGGCCUCCCGGUAUUAUCACCCAACCAUACAGAUGACCAUGACAGAUGACAAUAUUAACCAGGAAGAAUAUGAACGCAUGAAAACGUAUCAUAUGCCGUUUGGAUUCCAUUAUAAAAAUGAGCUCACGUUUGAUGAACUCUCAAAAACUUUGAAACUAUUUUCUAAUGAGGAAUCUAUAUUAGGAUUUGAGAGUACUGAAAGACCUCGAUGUGUGAGCUGUGCAAUCGUAGGAAAUGGAGGAAUACUGAACGGAUCUGGCAUGGGAAAGGAAAUUGAUAACCAUGACAUGAUUUUCAGAGUGAAUCACUGCAUCAGGAGAGGCUAUGAACGUGAUGUUGGUACCCGGUCAACUCACUAUGUAUUCAUGGACAGAUCCCUCAUUCACACACAACAGUCUGAUAUACCUAAAGACAAGGGUAUCAAGUGGAUCUUCCUGCCGUGUAGAAUAAAUGAUUAUCAUUACAUCUCAGAAGUUGCCAAAGGAACCAAUCCUAAACAGAAGCUGAAAGCUAAUGCUGCAGACAUCAGGCUUCUGCAUCCAGAUUUCGUCAGAUAUAUUCACAAAAUAUGGAUGCGGACCAAGUCUUUCCGUCCAAGUACCGGUGCCAUGAUGUUCAUGACUGCUCUUCAUAGUGGAUGUGAUUCUCUUAGUGUGUAUGGUAUGGGAUUCAAUGCUAAGUACACGGAACACUACUAUGAUAAAACAUUCAGUGUGUACAAGAACGUGAAAGGAAGCCAUGAUUUUGCCAGAGAGAUCGAGAUUAUGAAGGAAUUAGACAAAGCUGGUGUUAUUAAAUGGUACAAGAGAGAUGUACCCGAAUUCCUAUCAUAGCAAACUGAUGCUAUGAUACAGGUCACAUGCUAAUUAUUUGCCUUUUUAGUCUUUUCAAUUUGAAUAUAUAUUUAUGAUCUGUCACACUGAAAUCCCAUUCAUGAUGAAAUACAGGUAUUUUGUUUUUGAAUGUCAAUUUGUUAUAUUCUCUGCAGAUUUGAUGUUGAAGAGAAGAAUAUAUGCCAUGUGUAUGUUUACAUAUUGGGAGAAAGAUGAAAGUACUUCUAAAAAUGUUGAUAUAUGGGUCAUUUCAUCAGUUUGGGGGCAGAUGUCCAUGGAACAGAGAUAUCAACCAUUUGAUUUCAUAAUGAAUAUCAAUUCUGAUUUGGAUAAGUUUUUAUGUGCCUAUGUGAGGUGAGUCUCCUACCAUAGUAAUUCCUCUUUUGAUUUGAAAGAUACUGAUUAUGGAUUUGUUGAAGUUCAAAUUUUUUAACAAUGUUACAUGGAUACCACAUUUUCAUAUUAUCAACAAUAUACUCUCUGUUCUGAUCUUGCAAUACAUUAUGGUAUUUGAUUAGUACAUCUUAGUGGGACACCAAAUUUUACCAGAAGUAAUUAUUGGCAGAUAUUUGCUUUGAUUAUUAGUUCUGGUAUAUCACAAACAUGGCUCCAACCAAAUGAAAUAACCAAUAUAACAAUAUGUAUGAAAUUUUCAUAUUUAUUACAUAUUAAUUUUCAAACAAAUUAAAAAUGUACUAAUCACCAUAGUUCACAGAAAUAUAUCUACCUCAAAAAAAUAUAAAGGAAUUCUCUUUAUUUGGGUUAUAAUGAGAGUUAAGAUGGCUAAUACUCUCCUGAAACAAGAAUGCUGUUACAACGUAUAUCAUGGGAAAAUAUACAGGUAUGUUGUAUUACAGUCAAUGUGCUUUAUGAUCGAUCAAUGAUAGAGUACUGAAAAUUGCUACAGUAGGGCAAUUCCAAAAUAUGUAGGACCUUAAUGAAAUUUUCUGUCUCUGAUUUCUUGUUCUUUUGACAGUCUGUAAUCAGUGUAAUGUUCUCAAGGACCGUGACUUGGUCAGUUUAUGAAGUGAAGUAAGAAUUGAGAACAAUGGCAGUUGGACAUACAAAAAAGGUUGAUCAUUUUAUGGAAUUGCCCAGCAGUAUCUUGAAGUACCGGUAGUGCUAUUUGCAGUGAAUGUUUAUUGUCUAUGAUACAGAAUAAAAUGAAAUGAAAUAUUUUGUACAGUGACUGAAGCACAUUAAAAAGAACAAUAUAUUGAAAUAGAUGUUAAUGGGAAAUCCAACUUCUAACUUCAAUUUAUUAGGAAUUUGUGUUUUUCAUCAUAGCAUAUUUUCUUUUUGGGAUACAGUAGUAAUCUAAAUAUGACAUAUAUAUAAAUUGUUAUAUACACACUAUAAAAAAAUUAUCAGUCUUUUACCAACAUUAAUACAAAGCUGAUAUUUCAUUAAAUGCUUGAAUUUGUGCAAUGGAGAUAUUGUCCCCCCCCCCACCCUACCACUACAUCAAAAUGACAUUACCUACAUUUAUGUAGUCAUUAUGUAGUCUAUUUGAAAUAAUGUCAUAGUGAUUGCAUUUUUUUUUUAGAUUUCAUAACCUUUUUUUAAUUCAGAUAUCAAAAUUUCAUCUAGAUCCACUUUUCUGAUUUUCUAUGGACCUAUUAACUAUUCUAGGCUUUGCUUAGAGACCACCCCACUCUCGUCGGCAAUGGGUUGAAACAACUCUUGCCAUUUGGGUUGGUUUUCCCCAUUAUCAACAUUACACACGCAUAUUUGCACAGACAUAAUGAUAAGGGCUGAACAAAGGAAUUUGGACAGGUUGGUGGAUUUUCUGGAAGAUUACAAUAUAUGGUGCUGACUGUAUAAAAGUAAUAAAUGUAAUUAUAAUUUAUGAUAUGAAAACUUCUGUACGUUUUGCUGUCGUCGACACUGCAAGUUUCUUUUUUAAGUGCAAAUGCUAUUGGAAUUGAUACAGAUUUUAUGUUGCAAUUUUAUGAAUACUCUCAUUUAUUCAGAGUGCUUCCAGUAGAUGUGUGUAGAUAGUUAGCUUUGUUACCUUGGGAUUGGUCUGCGACUCAAUUUUGGAAUAAAACGUAGUAGAAUUUGAUGCUAAUAUUGAGACUUGGAAUAUCUUACUGUGUAAUGAUCCAAAUCAUUGUACGAAUACCUAUGAUCAAAUCUGUGACUAUGCUAUCAUCUAUCUUAGAAUAAAAGCAAAUUUAAUAUCUAGUCGUAAUGACGUCAUAGUAGUCGUACAAUUGGCUACGAUUUGAAACUAAUUUGGCCUUUACUCCAAAAUAAAGGCUUAAAAUCUUACAAAAUGGUUAUAUUAGUAUUCUUUCAAUUAAUUUUAAUCUCAAAUGAAAUGGUAUGUUCCAUUCACAUUUUCAGAAAAUGAGCAAAAUGCGAUUUUUUUUUUUCCAAAAUUGGAUCGCGAACAGUCCUAGUAUGCACAUUAUGGAAUCAAUACUGCACACUACCAGCAUUUAAGAGAAAGCUUUGAAAUAUAUGUUUAUGAACAGGCAGAACGGCUAUGACAUUAUACAGUAAAAGAAAAAAAAAAUCAGCAUUCGGUUUCUUGCAAUUUGAAUACAGAUUUAUUGCGAUUAAUUAUAUGAUAUAGUUCUCAUGAAGAAGCCUAUAUCUGAUUGCCCGACCCAUGGGUGGAUCUAGGGUUCAUAAAUUGUUAAAAGCCCCCAAAAUAGUUAUCACAACAACAUCUCAUGUACCUCAAAAGAAAAUACCAUUACCAAUCUAAGGAGUGGGAGCCUUGGUUCUUUUUUUCUACAUUGCCGGAUCUAUCACCGGCCAUAGCAAUUCAUGAUGGUUGUAAUUUACUUGUGAAAUAAAUACUUUUCUCAGUUCAGUUCAACUUCAAGAUUCGCCUAAUGUUCGAGGUUCCGAUAACGGUACUGCCUCAAAGACACACAGGCUGUUACAGUGUAUACAGAUGUAGUAAGAAGUUCUGUGUUAUGUAUGAAGAGAAAUCUAGAAACUCAAUUGAUUUAGGUAGGUGGAUGUCUCCUUCUCAUUUCUCUUAUUGGUUUUACACACAUGACAAAAUGUUUCACUGAUGAACCCAUUUGAGAGGCCAUGUGCCCAGAUGUACUCUCUCACAUCCCUGGUAUAACUGAUCAGCAAUACAUGCAUAUUACUUUGUAAAAUCCCAAUUAUGAUACUUAUGAAAUAUACUUAAGAAUGUAGCCAAUGAGAUUCACUUUGAAUGAGUCGUGUGUGGUUGAUUUUAUUUUUUCACUAUGUGCCAGAUUGCAAAAAAGUGCACAGCAAAAAGUAUAGCAUGCAUUGAGCAGGAUAUCUGUUAGGCAUACAAAUCUAGUUCAUGAUGAUAUGCCCAUGGUUUUGUAGGUUAGUGCCAUAGGAAGAAGGAUGUACAAUGCUUGGUAAAUAAUGCGCGGGUUUAAGAGUUUGUCAGGCGAGUGGUGGUGCAGGCACUUCAGGUAGUUACAAUAUUGAAAAUUGAAAAAAGAAUGAAUUGAUGGCUGCAUCACCUCUUUACACAGUGUACUCUUACAUGUGCAUUAUUUGUUUGAUAAUGAGUAUGGUACCAAUAUCCUGAAUGUCAGAGUGCAUCUUACUUUAUUAGGAGUAGUCUUGUACAUGCAUUAUGUACUUGAAAAUUAUAGCAAUACGUGUGGGGCAAAUAUAAAAACGAUAUUGGACAAAUAUGAUACUUCAUUGGAUGAAUUUUGAAAGAAUAUUGGACAAUUUUAUGAGAAAAAAUAUCAAAUGUUGAAAAAUCCCCCAAAAUUGCCAUCAAGACAUGUAAGAUGGUGCAAAAUCUAAAAUGUAAUUUUUUUUAAGGAGUGCAAUAGUUGUUUAUAAGAUUUUAGAACUUUAAUGCCUUGGCUAAUGGCCUUCUUCCUAAAGAGAAUGUUUGUGCAACCAUGGUUGAGCAGAAAAUAGUGGUACAUGUAUUUUUUUCAUAUUAGAUUAGAUUAAAAUUCAAUUCAACAUUUAUUUCCAAA